AUGGAGACAUCUUUCGAAUACAACAAUUACCCAUCCUUCCAUGGAUCAUCAUAUUACUCGGGUCCCGGCGGCGCCGCAGCAGUGCUUCCCCCUCAUGCGCAACAAUCUCAACAGACCGCACCCGCCACAACGUUUUCGCGACACAAUUCCACCGAAAUGGUGCCCGGCGAUGAUCCUCUGGGACAGUACAUAUUCUCAGAGUUUAUAGAGGAUCCAUUGGCCGUCACCCAGCGGUCGACGCGGAGUAGCAGUGAAGAGAAGGACGCGAUAACGCCCGCGCAGAGCCGGCGGAAGGCUCAGAAUAGAGCCGCUCAACGCGCCUUCCGAGAACGCAAAGAACGUCGCGUCCGAGAACUAGAGCAGAAACUAACCGACCUCCAAGCCCAAUCCAUGACCCUUCACGCCGACAACGAACGCCUGAAACGAGAGUUAGCAAAAGUCGCUACCGAAAACGAAAUACUCCGCGCCACAUCGUCAAGCGGCGAGAACAUUAGUGCUGGUAGCUCUCCACGUGGAGACGAGGAAGAUAAAGAAAAAGCAUCAUCAUCAACAUCAACAUCAACAACAAUAAACGGACCCAAGAAAUGGGUCUCGCUAGACGUCCGCAAGAAAUACGUAGCAGAUUUCAAGACGGGCAAUUUACCGCAUCGAAUUGUCCUCAGUGCGGAGACUGGGGAGAAAUUAUUAGAUACAAAAGCGACGUGGGAUCUUAUACAGAGUCAUCCGUUGUUUCAAAAGGGAUUGGUUGAUAUAGGCGAUGUCUGUGAACGAUUAAAAACCAUUACGAAAUGUGAUGGGCAAGGACCGGCGUUUGAGGAGGGGAGGGUUAAGAAGAUUAUUGAAGAGAGUGUGGCGUGUGGGAAUGAUGAGUUGAUAUAA